AUGGCUUUCUUGAACAUGGAACAGCACACCUGGGCCUUCACCUUUGGAAUCUUAGGUAACAUAAUCUCGCUAAUGGUGUUCCUUUCACCGCUCCCGACGUUCUACCGCGUGUACCGCAAGAAGUCGACGGAGGGGUUCCAGUCCACCCCGUACGUGGUCUCGCUCUUCAGCUGCAUGCUCUGGAUGUACUACGCCUUCCUCAAGUCCGGCGCCGAGCUCCUCCUCACCAUCAACGGCGUGGGCUGCGUCAUCGAGACGCUAUACAUCGCCAUGUACCUGCUGUACGCGCCCAAGACUGCCAGGCUCCUCACGGCCAAGCUCUUCCUGGGGCUCGACGUGGGGCUCUUCGGCCUCAUCGCCCUCGUCACCAUGCUCGUCUCCAGGGGCGACCUCCGCGUCCACGUCGUCGGCUGGGUCUGCGUAGCCGUCGCGCUCUGCGUCUUCGUCGCUCCCCUCAGCAUCAUCAGGCUUGUGAUCCGGACCAAGAGCGUGGAGUUCAUGCCCAUCUCCCUCUCCUUCUUCCUCGUGCUCAGCGCCGUCAUCUGGUUCGCCUACGGCGCGCUCAAGAAGGACAUCUUCGUGGCCGUGCCCAACCUGCUGGGAUUCGUCUUCGGCGUCGCGCAGAUGGCGCUCUACAUGGCGUACCGGAAAAAGAACCCUGCGACGACCACGGUGGUGCACCAGCUGGAGAUCAUGAAGCUGCCGGAGCACGUGAAGGACACCAGCAAGGGCGGCACGCCCACCGAGGGCAGGGUCAGCUGCGGCGCCGAGGUGCACCCCAUCGUCGACGCGCUGCCGACGUCCGCGGACGACCAGGCGGCGGUGGCAAUCGACGAAGAAGAAGCCACCCGCGACGACCGCAACAUGCUCAUCAGGCCGGAGCAGGCGAUCAGGCCUGACAUGGCCAUUAUUGUUGUCCAAGUGUAG